AUGGUUUGGUGGUGGUAUCUAAUACUUGUAACAAUUCAUUUAAUUCAAGCACAAAAUGUAUUUGAUGGAGGAGGAGGAUUUUUAGCAGAUCCUUUUCUUGAACUUACAGCAGGAGUUACAAGUCCUGUUAAUGAAAAAUCUACGAAAUCAGAUUCAACAUGUGUAUCAAAUGGAGCUCUAGCUGGUUCAAUUAUUGGUACUUUAAUAUUAUCUGCUUUUAUUGCUUUUCUUAUAUGGGUAAUCUAUUUAAGACAAAAGUUACAAGAAGUACAAUCAUAUAAAAAUCAAACAAAAAAACAAGAAUCAACAUCAUCAAAUCAUCAUCGUACUUUUCCUUCACUUUCUAAACAUGAACAACAAAAUAUUAAACACCAUACAAAUAAUGAUCGCAUGGGUAAUCAAUUACCAUUGGAUGUUGCAGAUUAUAAAUUUGGUACAUUUCCAUUUCGUCAAUCUCAAACACCAAGUGUUAAUGGUCAUUAUAAUCAUGCAGAUUGGUUAAAUCGUGUUCCAUCAUCAUUUCGUUCACAGACUACAGAUCAAGAUGCACAAAUGAUUGAUAUUGAAUUAUUAAAUCCAACAUUUUGUGGUCUUAAUUUUAGUAUAACCGGCAAUAUGCGUGCUGGAAUAUUCGUCAAAGACAUACUUGAUAAAGAAACUUCACAAGGACAUAUUAAAUUAAAUUCUUCUGAUCAAUUACGAACAGGUGAUCGUAUUAUUGCAUUGACUAUAUGUUUUGAAUCGAUAGUUUAUGAAGAUGCAUUGACAAUUCUUAGUUAUGCAUCACCUUAUCCAGUUAUUCUUCGUGUUCAACGUCCUAUACAUUCAACAAAAAUAGAUAUUCUAACAGAUAAACGAGCAACAACAGCAAAUUCAUCAAAUAAAGUCAAAUGGCGAGAUGAUUUUGAUCAUUAUGAUAAUGAUACACCACACAAUCGUUCUAUUGUUCAACAAGAUCCAUCAAUAACUCUUAUUACAGAUACGAAAUCUUUUUCAUCAACAACUCAUCCUCGUUCAACAUCAAAAAAAACUCAUACACAAUCAUCACGUCAUAACAAAUCAUCAUCAACUAAUAAAGGUAAUAAAUUACAAACAGUAUCGAAUAAUGUUGGAGUUACAACAAAAUCUUCGGAUGUUGGUAUAAAAAUACAUCGAGAUAAAACACUAAAUCAAAUAAUGUUAACAUCAACAGGUUUAACAGCAAAACCAAUCGAUAAAAUUUUAACAUCACCCAUGCCAACAAAUAAAACAACAAUGAAAUCUGUUACUAAUGCAGUUAUUUCUUAUCUUCAUUAUCGAGGUGCUAAUACAGGAAAUGUAACAGAUGUGACUAACAAUUCUGAAGCAACAUUAAUGCCUUAUUACGAUUCUCCAUAUGAUUAUUAUGGUGGACAAGCAUCUCAAUCACAUCUAAAUAAAAAUAAUAAUAAUAAUUCCGUGUCAACUGAAUCUUUAACUGCUGUCACAUCAAUUUAUACAAUACAAUUAUCACCAAUAAAAACAAAUAUUUCGACUCAACGAGCCAUGAUUCCACGUCGAUGUGAACGACGUCUUUCGUCCCCUGCUGCAAUUUUACCUAUAGCUGUUCAACAAGUUGAUGAUAAUGAUAUUUCAUUUAAGAAUAUUGACACAUUUGUGUAA